GAAGGACAAGAAGAUGAUGUUGAUGGAGAGGCGCGAAAGGAAGAUGUAAGGCAAGAACAAGAGGGUGGAGGUGGAGGCAGGAGAUCAAGUGCAUCAACAUAUUAUAGCGAUGUAAGAUCUUCAAAGGAAGAGACAUCUAAAAAUGGCAGGACUGCAACUCAUCUCACGUGGGAAAUUGUAUGAGGGCAAGAUACUAUACUAUCGUGGCCACCGAAAAAUUAGCCUCUCUGCGUCCACAAGACAUCCCUACCUCACUGCGGCCCUGCAGCGGGUCUCGCCAGUACAGCAAGGUAUCGAUGAUACAAGUAAAGAGUCAGAGCAUGCCAUUCUAAUUGGCGGGAGAAAAAACGAAGCUAGUAGUUCCUAUAUAGACGGAGUGCUAUGGGUGCCUGAGGGCCAAGGGUUGACGCCUCCUAUGCUGACGCAGCUAGCAGACGAAGGCUUGGCAAAGGACGCUUUUUUAACUACCUUAGAUGCAUCUUCACAAGGUGGCAAUGGAGGAACUUGCAUUCAAACUCGGUGGGACUUGCCACAACGACCUUUUUUAAAGGCGAGACAACGCGGAUCGUCCUGGAUCAAAAUCAAAAAGAUGUUGAAGCUCCAAAGUCUGGCACGAGUCUUCCACAAGAACGGCACGCACUGUCUACGGCAUCUCUAUCUUGUACUUCUUCCAAAGCAGGGUCCAAGAAAGGACGGAUGGCACUUCUGCACUAUUACUGGACCUGCUGUCGCCGCCGAAACGCGAAAUAGUUGUGGUACUACGACAAGAAGCUGUCCACACGAUCGUUCCAAAGGAACAUCUUAUUCGACGCAGAAAAGCGCAUCAAAAAGUGCUAGUUUUAAGGCUUCCGGGAAUACAUCGUCAGAAGCAUCUUGAGGCACUCCUUUAAGGGAAACACAGGCGGAAGGUAGAUCACUGUCAAGAUGUACUCCAGGAAGAUCUAAUAGUUCGGCAAGUACCACAAAUCGAAGGUACAGACAGUUUUUUAGAGCAGAGGAGAGUACUCUGAUUCGCGCGAUAAAUGAAUGGACCUAACACAGGUACCCCUUUAACAAAGGAGCAAAUUGACCGUUUGUGUCAGGAAUACGAAAAUAGUACUCAGAAUAAGCACACCGUUGCAUCACAACGCUGUACAAAGAAAGUGUUGCACUGAAACGACGUGGUAGGAGUUUUUUGCUACGACAAGGGUAGGAAGAUGUUUUCCUUGAGUAUCUUUAUCUGUUUCACAUGAGGCGACGUAAUAGUUAUGUUAUUUAACAGUUGCGAAGGUUUCUACAACGACAACGCUUCCGGGAAUAUGGACUCUUUUGUGAAGGUGUUGGAUUGCAGAGACAGGCGUCCACCUAAGUAUGUUUUCUGAAAGAUGGC